ACUAAUCGUUCCAGUUUUAUAGGAACCAACACACUUAAUGGGCCGAGAAAUUAGUAGGUCCAAUAAGAAUAGUGUCUUUGAUAAUCGUAAUGGGCGGAACCGGAGUGUCGCUUUCCGAGAAGAAAGAUGGAGGAGAAUCGUCGGAGAUGGCGUGGCGGUAGGGAGGUUCCAGGUGCCGGCGGCGGAAAAGCCGUAAAGUGGAUCGAUAUAUCGGUACCGUCUCCUUGUGGUAUUGAUUCGAAUUCAACUGAGGACGAUGGAUGUGUUGUGCUUCCUUCUUCUUCUUCUUCAGAAGACUACGCUUCUAGCCUUAUGAUUGGGGAACCUCCGAUCUCUUUCGUUUGGAGAAUCAACCAAACAAGCUCAAACGUUAUGGAGGUUCUGCAGCUCUCUUCUAAAUCUGGAUACCCAUUAACUGGGAUUCGUUUCGCCUUUGCUCAUAGACUCUCUCCUUUUGCCUUUCCAUUCGUCGCCCAAGAGGGUAGUGCUAGUGGUCCUCUCGCCUUCUUUCUUUACGCCGUCACGCCGUCUGGUGUUGUCUACGUCCUUAAUCUCUCAAAUGCGUUGGCCUAUACGUCUGGAUCAGUCUUCCAUUUGAUUCACGUGGUUGUGGAUGUUCGACCUUACUUAAACGAAGCUCAAGCUCAUGUUACCAGUGUCACCGCAUCGCCUGGCUUCAUUUUCCUUGGGAGAUCUGAUGGUUGUGUCUCUUUCUUCCAGCCUUUUGUGCCUCCUCAGGAACCGUCAUCAGGUUUCAACCAGGAGCUGCGUGAUGAUGAUACUGGGUUUCUUCGUCGAUUGGGAUUUGUAAGGGAGACAGAUGUUGCAGCCGUGGCAGAUUUAUCUAUAUCAGAAUUUAAUGGAAGAAUUUUUAUGAAUGUGCUUCAUGCGGAUGGGAGAUUACGUGUCUGGAAUAUUCCGACUCGUACUAAGCUUUUGUGCACUAGUGUAGCUGAUGAUGAUAACUUGUUUAUCCCCCGGAGGUUAUGGGUGGGUAACGCUGAUUGCGAUACCCACAUCAUUCCAUUUGCGGUCUUGUUCACAUAUAAUGGGGUCAACACAAUUUCUGUGUUUUUUAUACAGUUUACCUUUGAGAAAUUUAUAUCAUUUUCUCUAUAUCCUGGAUAUCGCAAUAUUCCACUGCAAGGGGGGGGAUUGAGGGAUGUCAGAUUUACAUCCGACACUAUCUGGAUCUUAAAAGCCGAUGAAUUGAUUUCUCAAAUGCUGCCCCAUAAAUCUAGUAACAGGGAAACCCAGUCGUACAUGUUACAAGAGGAAUAUAUUUCUGAGCAGUUAUUUCUGAGACCUGCGAGCUCUUCACAUGAUCUUCGGUUGACCACUCAUUCACUAUUUUCAUCGGCAAAGGAUCGAAUUAUGGGAUUCAUUUCGUCAAUCUUCUUAGGCAGGCUUCUUUGUCUUGGAAUUUUUGACAAUGUUGCCUUGCGUCUAACUUUACGGGACCACAACAAACGCUGGAGUAAUUCUGAGUUUCAAUCUUUAAGUCUUGAUGAGCUUAAAAGCGAGAUUCUUUUACUAAUUGAGCAAGAGGUUACUGGUCAGACUAGUAUUUCAGUUUUUCGCUGGUGGGAAAGGUUUUGUUCAACGUAUCUUGAUCACUGGCGUAACAAUAAUGAACCUCGCACGUUGCUGGUUCAGUCAGAUGUUAUUGGUUUAGUUAGAAACAAUUCGGUGUCACUUUUCUUUAGAUCAGAGAAUGCUGAGCGCAGCCAUGGAGGGCCUUCUUCUGAACACAGCAACCUGACAAGCUUAGGCUCUGGAAUGUCAACCGAUGAACAUGAGAUUCUGUCGGAGGUACUAAAUUGUACAUUGAAGAUCAGUAAGCAGUUGGGCACUGCUCCUUAUGCCAUGUAUUUUGAAUCAGUUACUGGGAAGUCAGUUAUCUCUUCUGAAGAAAUCCUGUCUCGCUUAGUUAACAUCCUUGAGUCGGGAUAUGCGAUGUCCAUAGGUCGUACAUGGUCGGAUCUAGGUGCUGAUAGAGCACGGGAAAGUAAGCUAGAAGCUCAUAGAAAUCUUAGAAGAUUCUCCAUUGAUAUGUUAUUGUCUCUCUCUGCUCUAUGUCAAAGGGCUGGAUCUUGGGAAAAGGUUUUUACUAUCAUGGAGAAAUAUGUGCAGCAGCAUCUGGUUCCUAAGAAAUUUAGGCAUAACAAUAAUGGCGAAGCAUUAUCUGAUAUCUGUAGUUCAAUCCUCGUUCAAGCCACUUCACUGUUUGCAAAGGUUAUGUUUGAGUCUGCCUUUGACAUCGUCCUACUCCUCAGCUAUCUCCUUAACAUCUCUGCUCAGGUUAAUAUGUCACAGCAAGACAUAUCCAACCUACGGCUUAAAUUGCUUCCGAUGAUCCAAGAUAUUGUCUCAGAGUGGCUCAUCAUCCUUCUCUUUGUUACCACUCCGGCUGGGUCGACUUCAAUGAAUGAUUGCAGCUUUAAACCCUCAUCUUUACAGAUUGAUAGCAGCAUUGACAAAAGAUCAUGGAACAAAAUGCUUGGGAAAUGCGGUUUCUCAUUGGCAUACAUCCUUCUACUUAGUGAUCGAAGUUGUAUUGUGGACAGCCGGUUUAACUUGAGAUAUCUUCCGAAUUCAGAAACCAUUACAAGUUUGGUACAAAACUUUGUUAGCUGGAUUUGUUAUAGUAAAACAGGAGAGGACUCUUCUUCUUUGCUAAGACGCUCAUCUGAGCUUACUCUUAGGGUGGUUAGGAAUGGACAUGCUUAUGCUGUUGAGCGAAUCCUUGAGGUUGUGGAGGGAAGUUUACGCGGGGAGAAAACAUUUGGACAUGGUCAAGAUACUAGUGGAGAUUGGUGUCUUCUUCAACAUCUCCGUGGUUGUUGCCUUCUUGAUCAAGUACAACGUGGAGCAUGUGGGAUAUUAUUAAGAGAGAAGAAGAUUAGUGAUGCUACCCGCUGCUUCUUCAGAGCUUCAUCUGGUGAAGGAUCUUGGAAGGCUUUGCACAGCUUGGCUACAGAAGCAGGAUUUUCCCAUUCCACAAUUGGUACCAGUAUUUCAGAUGGUGAAAAGUCUUGUGCGACGUGGAAACUUCAUUACUAUGAAUGGGCUAAGCAAAUUUUUGAACGGUACAAUAUAAGUGAAGGAGCUUGUGAGUUUGCCUGUGCAGCCCUUGAGCAAGUAGAUGAGGCUAUUUCUUUCUUGGAAAGUAGUGAGAACGUCCGUGUACCUGUAACAGCUACCCUUGGUUUAAAAAAGCGCUCGCUUACCUCGCGCGCAAGGAAAGAAUGAUGUAAGAGGAAAACUUCCCGUCUCUACGCCGAAAAGCCAGUAGAAGUGGUCCUAAAUAUUAUUACACAAUGGUCAUAAGCUAGUAGAAAUCAAAACUCCAUAAACGAUAGAGAAACAUCCAUCAGACACAUCUGUUCAAUAACCGUGAAAGUUUAAGACCAGUUUAUACAAAUGAAUCUGUCCAAAUACCA